GGGCGCGCGUCUCACGGUCAGUCGGUUUCCUAGCCGGUGCAUGAGCACGAGACUUGGAGGCACGGAGCACGCGCUGCUCAGGGGGGCAGUAGAGGGGCUGAGUGAGCAGACAGUGAAGGGGGUCCCGUAAACGGAUACAAGCAGAGCGAGAGAGAAACCAUGAGGAUCCAUCUGGACGUUCAUCUCCAGAUCCUCCUGGCCGUGGGCCUGGCCAUCUUCUGCUUCUGCCUUGUGCUGGGCUGCAUCAUUUGCUGGUGCCGCAGGAAGUCCCACCCUUCUGACGACAAAGAGGCAGGGCUUACCCUUUCCUCUCCUCCUCUAGAUCAUGUGACUGUAACUCUAAGCCCCUCCCCAUCCAUUAAUGUUCUUCCUAUCAAACAGCAAUAUGAGGAGCUGGAGGGCGACGUGCUGGACUAUCCUUCUCAGAACAGCAGUUCCACACCCUCCGAGGAUGACCUCAGUACUCUUUCCCGUGUUUCAGUGGAUUCGAAAGGUCCUCAGAAGUCUAGAUUCCCCCUGCGCCGCCUCAGUUCCCCGGUCGUUCCCUCCUCGCCCUCCAAACUUGCCGUCCGCAGCCGAGCCUCCCUCCCCAGCAUCCCCAAACUCAGCCUGGUGGCAAAAACCCGUCGCGCCUUGGACCGUCGCUCCACUGUGGCCGGCGACAACUUCUUAUGUUCAGAAAGCAGCAGGUUGACCACUGCUGACCCACAGGGAGUGCCAUGUUCACCUCAAUAUGGCUCCAGCCCACAGGGGGUGCCAUCGUCACCUCAGUGUGGCUCAGGUUCCAGGCGUAGUUCCAUCUCAAGCAAGCAACCACCAUCCCUACACUUCACCUUGCUCUUCUCUCCAGCAGAGGGUGCUCUUACGGUUACAGUCCUGGGGCUGUUCAGGGCCUCCAGAAGGGUAAGCGGGGCCACAGUUAGGGCCAGCUUGCCCCCUCUCUGCCCUGCUCCAAUGCAGGGGGCCCUGGCACGCAGGCACAGCCUGAGUCUUGAGCCCCAGUCCCAGGUCCUUACCCUUCAGGCCAGUUCUCUGGAGGAGCUCAAGGCCUGCACUCUGAGGCUCGUCGCUUUCGGCAAAGAUUUCUCAGGUCUUCGGGAGACGCCGCUGGGGGAGCUGGAGCUGGCCUGCGCUGAAGUAGACUGGGAGCCAGAUACCGCAGUCAUGUACAACCUCCAGCUUAACCCCACCAGAAGAAGAUUCAAAAAGAGUCAGAGCACUCAGGAGUCUUUGGGCAAUCUGAGGUCGUCAGCGUGUCCUCCGAGGCCACUGGGUCAGCUCUUUAUCCUGCUGCAGUACCAGACACAGGCCCACCGCAUCAAAGUGAUGGUGCGCAAAGCUGAGAACUUGGCCAAGAUGACGAGAAUGCCUGGAGCUGCAGAUCACUAUGUCGUCAUCAACCUGCGGCAGGGAGGGAAAGUGAUCAGCACUAAGGAGACGAAGGGAGCGAGUGGCUCUAAUGCGGUUUGGAACGCGCCCUUUUUGUUCGAUUUACCGGCUGGUGACAUCAUCAGACUUCCGCUGGUCUUCGAAUUUGUCAUCAUGCAGGGACGGCUGUACACAAAAAGCAGCGCUCUGGGCCGUGUUCUGAUUGGUUGCGAGGGUCCAGAGGCGGGGCAGCAGCACUGGAAAGAGAUGUGUAAUCGAGGGCAGGUGGAGACGGCACGCUGGCACACACUACAGCAAGAUACGCUGUAGGACUGGGUCUUAAUGAUGGACAUGUCCCAAACAGUGGGCUUUUAGACAGAUUAUCCUCUGCCAUGGCCUCUCACUGGGGCUUUGGGUAGUGGACAGGACUGUUAAGAGAUGGAUUAACUGUCCAAUAGGCUGACCGUCAUGUGAGAGUCUGUAUAUGAAAUGUAACUACUGUAUUUAUUAAUGUGAAUAAUUCCAGAUAUUUUUCCAGAUUCCCUGAAUGGAGUGCCAAAAUAGCGUUAUGUUCUGAAACUGUGUUAGCUUUGAUUAUGACUGUGUUAGACUUUGAGUAUGACACCUGUUGGUAUGUCGUAUGGUAUGUCUUUGUAUUGUUUUCUUGGCCUGUUAGAUAAGUGCUGCCUUGUUCUUGGUUUCCUGUGUCAAGUCGUUCUUAAGUAGCUUUUGCUAACCAUUAAAUAUGAUCAGAAACAAGGUUGAAAGUGAUGGUUUGGCCAGAAAUUUGGAAAAUUAACACCAUUUUUGCUGCUUGCCACUAAUGUAGUCAAUCAGCCAAGACAUGUUGGGUGUUCUUUUGCAUUGGCGUUGUUGCUAACAUUAAGCUCUUAGCCAUUUUUAGCAUGCUAACAGCAUGCCUAAGUCAUGACGUGCCUGAAACCGUGUUGGGUUGUUAAGUAAUGUCAUAUAGACUUUAUUAUGUGCUUUCUGACACUGUGUGACGUUGAAGGUAUGGACAGAAUUAAAGCUGGAACAAUAAACAGGUUAAAAAAAUUGUGAGAAAAUUGUCAAUAAAUAUCUGUACUUACACA